AUGACGACGUUGAAGAAACAGCACAACAAACGUAUGAAGCGGAGACGUCGAUUGCUCGUUCUCUUCGUUCUCUUCCUCCUCUUUCUCUUCGUCUUUUUCCUCCAGCGAGGGACGGAGACUUUGUCGUACUUGCAAAGAUUCCUCAUCCGAGACCCGGGUGAGGACCCGUACGAGCACAACUCCAUGUCGCGUGGGGACGUGUGCGAAGACCGAGGGUUCCACUACGACGGAUUAAGCUUUUUAGACCCACACAAAACGCGCCUGAGCGGAACGGAUUUCGAAAAGUACGAGAGAGAGAAAAAUCUGUUCCAAAGUGCUCUGUGUCACCACCAGUUUAAGACGAAGUUUGACGAUAUGCGAGCGACGAAUGCGAAACCGCUGGUCUACGCGGACGACGAUCCAACCGCAGGGUUUGGGAGCCGAGUGUUGCGAGUGUGUUCGGCGUUCUUCGCGUCGGUACAUUUUGGACGACCGUUCGCGUACGCGAAAGUUGGACGGUGGACGUAUAGUAAGUGCGCGAGUCGCGGGAACGAUUGUUACUUUCAGAAAAUCACGAGCGCGCGGACGGAGUACGAGACGCCGGAAGGGGUGUACCGAGGCGAAGGGGCGCUGGUGAAGGAAGAGGAGAAAGACGAGGAGUUGAUUUGGACGCGAGGGAGUUUGGAUGGGUUUCAGAAGGAGCACAACGCUGGAAUUGGGUGGAUGAAAGAUUUGAAAAAGGCGUUAAACGGGUUCGAGAUGCCGAGCGGGAGAGGCGGAUGUUGGGUCGUGUCGCAGUUUUUGUAUUACAUUUUACACCCGAACGAGAAAUUAGAUCGAGUGUUGCGAUUGGAGAAGAAACGGAUGGGGUGGGAAACCGAGGAGAGAAGAGAACCGGUGGCGGCGAUUCACGUGCGACACGGCGAUCGCGCGCAGAGAGGCCACCAAGGGUCCAACUUGCAAAUCGAACAGUUUUUAGCGCGCUUGCGAAAACUCGAUCCGAAGUGUAAGAAGGUUCUGUUGAUGACGGAAGAUGGGGAAGUCAUCGACGACGCCAUCAAGAACUUUGGGAAAGAGUUUCACUUUUAUUACACCACGAUUCAGCCGAGACACAACGAUGACAUCAAUCGAUUGUUGAAAGAAGGCAAAUUAGAUCCGGAGAAUGAGAUUCACAACGCGCUCGUGAAUUUGUAUUUAGCCGCAGACGCGGAUUACUUUUUAGGCCAUUUAUCGAGCACGUGGGGGAGAGUUGUUUUACUGUUAUCGUACGGCAAGUACGGGUGCUUCCAAAAGAUGGACCUGAUGGAAUCCACGUGGAAAAGUCGAUGGGGAUUUAGUUCGUGUUCCACCGAGGAGUGGGAAAAAGAAGCGAAGAAGUUUGAGUGUAGAAACUAG